AAUGAGUGACUGACGUUUUGUGUGAAACAUUUAAAUUCGCUAGUACAAUGGCCGCUGAUGCGAAUCCUCGAUCUGUAAAGCAACCUGAUUCAACAUGGGAAUACUGUGGUGUGAAUUUAACCAUUCACAACAUUAUUAUACCCGAGGAGCGUUUAUUUCCUACGCCAUCGCAGCUAGACAAGAUGGAAUAUGAAACAGAAAUUGACUUAAGGAUUCUUGGCUGCGAGUUAAUCCAAGACUCUGGGGUUUUGUUACGGCUGCCGCAAGUUGCUAUGGCAACUGCGCAGGUAUUGUACCAGCGAUUCUUCUACUCCAAGUCAUUUGUCCGUCACUUCUACGAGCAUUACGCUAUGGCAUGUAUAUUCCUGGCUGCAAAGCUUGAAGAGUCUCCAAGACGCAUUAGAGACGUAAUCAACGUUUUUCAUCAUAUAAGACAAGUUCGGGAUAAAAAAACACCAACACCCGUGAUUCUCGAUCAAAGUUACAGUAAUCUUAAAAAUCAAGUUAUCAAGGCUGAACGACGUGUUUUAAAAGAAUUGGGAUUUUGUGUUCAUGCGAAACAUCCCCACAAGCUUGUUAUAUGUUACUUACAGGCUUUGGACCAUGAAACUAACAAAAACCUUGUACAAGCUGCUUGGAAUUAUAUGAACGACAGUCUUCGAACUGAUAUAUUUGUACGUUAUCUUCCGGAAGCAAUUGCGUGUGGUUGCAUUUAUCUGGCAUCAUGUAAGCUCAAUAUUCCUCUGCCACGCCAUCCAGCUUGGUGGGAAAUGUUCAGUGUAAGCGAGGAAUCUGUGCACGAAAUCGCUUUAUGUUUGUUGCGUUUAUAUGCUCGUCCAAAGGUAGAUGUUGGGAAACUUGAGUCAGUUCUAGCUCAACUCAGGAAAUCUCAGGCCGAAGCAAAGGAACGAGAAAACGAGCUCAAAAAACAACAGACCGUAACAACGCCCCCAAGUACCCGGUCCGACCACAGUUUCGGUUAUAUCUCACCCCCGAAUCAUUUAUCCAAAUCUAAGAAUCAAAACAAGCUUAAUGGAAAUAAGAAGUCAGUAGACAGUAAAGCUGAGCCUGAAGAUACUACUACUGUUUUCGCUCCAAACUCGCUUUUGGCAAGCGCUUUAGCUAAUGCCAAAGCGGUCGCAGCAACGAUUACAGCGUCAAAGUCUGGUAUGAUCACAGACGAGUUGUCCAAAGCGGGUACUGAUCCGUCAAUGGUUCCACAUAAACGCGAACCAAGUGAAGACGUCUCACCAGGAUCUCCAAAAACACUCGUUGAACCUAAUCAGAUAAAUAAUAUAUCCGACGUUUCGAAUAAGAAGCCUGAUAGAACUGUACAAGAAACCUCUGAGACCAAACGACGACCAAUUAUUCGACCAGCCGCCUACUCAAAUAUUUCAUCUACUAACACCGAAUCCGACAAAAGACGUCGACAUCAUCGACACAAAUAUUCAUCUAAAAAGCACCAUUACAAUUCAAUCUCCUCAUCAUCUUCGUCAUCUGACCGAGAGACCGAUCAAAACCGUUAUAAUUCAAUAAACUUUCUCACAAAUAACUCCAAAUCUCGUAAUUAUCGACAAAAAUUAAAUGAUAUAUCAUCCUCUGGCUCUGAAACAGGUGAUAGUUCUUCAAGUCCUAACAAACACAUAGUCAAUGUGCACGAUCGCAGAAAAAUUUACAAUAAUAAACGCAAACAUAUUCCACGCUCUUCAUCAGAGGAUUCCCAAACAUCUUCUUUCAGUGAUGAACCGCGUUUUUCCCCGACUCAUCAUAAUCCGGUAAAAGCUAAAAGUGGUCGCCGUCACUUAUCACCGCCGUAUGCCUAUCGAAUCGAUUAUGAUAAAUCACAUAAAAGCAAACAUCAUUCAUCAUUGCGAUCUGCACCAAAUGGUGAAAGUGGUCGUAUAUUGCGUGAGCACUCUAACCAUCGUCUAGUUUCGAGUCGACAUCAUGAUCAUCACCGAAGGUAAAUGUAGAAUGGCUCAUGUCUAUGUAACUGUAAUAACAGUAGAUUUUAAAACAGUAAUGCCAACCUAAUUUGCUGACAUUUGGAGUUCACCAAGUUGUUUGUUUUUGGCAAACAAAGUGACUGGUCGUUUUCUUUGACGGUUUGAUCGUUGCUACAUGGAUUCAUAAUCUUCAUAAAAUUAACCCUUGAGCUUCCAUACUGUAGCUGAUGAACUUGCAAUCCUAUCUGUACAGAAAAAUAUAUUAAACCGUAUUUAUCAGAACAUUGGGAAUAAAUUGACACAUUGUUUAUUGUGUGUAAGUUUACCUAAUAAUUGACAUGCAUGGUAAAUGUAUGUGGAAUUUUAUAAAUUACAAACAUCUAGUGAUAACUUGUGUGUCCUGAUGGGACAUGAUAGUCAAGUGUGUAGGCAAUGAAAAUAUUCAAAACUACAGUUCAUGAAAUUUUUUUAAUGACAAACAUUUGUAACAAAGCUAUUUCUCAUUCAAAAAAUUCCUAAGGUAACUUAUAACUAUUAGGUGACGUCUGGUUACAUACUCUUGGCCUUGACAUUUUAUCCUAUGACUUGAUUACCGAUUUCGGUCAAUAAAAUUUUUUCCCACGUUAUUGGAUUUAAAAACUUGACUUAAUAGCACGCUUAUGUGAGGGCUCAAUUAUAAAUGUACGAAAACGACAAGCUUUUCAAAACAGAUCACUUUGAAGUAUUCCGCUCUAUUUGUACUCUUCGGUUAGAGAUCGACUUUGCCUGUUUUGUUUUGUCACAGAGAAUCCUUGAAGUAAAUUUAGCGUUGAUAUAGUUUUAAGCGUAAUUUAAGUAUUAGAUGUAGCAUACUUCCUACUACUUUGUUAAGGAUAUGGCGAUUUUAUUUUGGCUUGCGCUGGUUAUGCAAUGGAUAAUGUUUCUUACUCUCCACCACUGUGUUUGUACAUAUCCUGUCAGCUCUGUGUGCUGAGCGUUGAAUGGUGAUCUAUGAAAUGUCGACAUCUUGAUUCAUGACAACACGAGCUACACUAACAAGUUGAGUAAAGAGCAAAACCUAUUUUAUUUAUUAUCUUGUACUUUUGUGAAUUCGAUUCUAAAAUUUGAGAUAUUUUUCAGUCUGUUUUCACUGAGGGAAUCAUCAAUUUGGGGAACUCAUUCCCAUCUUUUAUUCGGACUGCUUGUCCUGUUCAUAAAUCGUGAAGAUGGAUAUCUGCAGAUCCGUCCCCAAAAUCUUGGUGAGUAAAUACCACUUGCUAUUGCUUUGUAUACUGAUUAAUAAUCCCUAAUAUCUUGUCCUACACAAAAUGUUGAUCCAAUUAGGAAGUUAAAAUAAAGUUACUAUGUCAAAUUAAAUACUGGUCACAAUCUCCAUAUUUCUAAAAUUAUAAUAAUUCUUUAUGUAUAGGUAGAUAACUAGUAGAAAAAAUUUUAAAGUUCUUGGAGCUUUAGUAGGAAUUCUAUAAAAUUCUCAUCCUACUUUUUAUUGGUUACCGUUUAACUCCUAAAAGUAAAGUUUUGAUCGGUUCCAAAAACGUAGCGAACAGAAUUAUGUGCUCAAUAUUAUUUUUCGAACUGUCGAUUCUGCAUAUGUGUCUUUCAAAUGGUUAUUGUUUCAUUUCUUCGCUGAUUUAAAUCUGAAACUUCCCCCUUUUCAUUGACGGGCGUAUUACAUUGAGAUUGCAGUUUAUAUUCAUAAAUUAUCUUUAUAAAAGUUUUAUGGAGAAAUGCAUAGUGUUGCUAAAUAGCAAGUCCUCUUUAAAAUUGUUUUUCCUGAGAAGAUUCGAAGAAUUGUAUUUCUAUUUGAUUCGUUAUCAAGUAAUUCAGGAUUUUUACGUCAAGUUACGAGAAUAAUCCAACACGUAACGUCUUGUUCGUAGCAUACGCUUAUCAAGUCAACUUGCUUAUGUUAAAAGUCCUGAUCUCCAAGUGAUAAAAUAAAUAUGGACGAGUGAUUUUCUCGGUGUCUCGUUUCGGAGUUUAAAAUAAGUAGUCUACAAUUAUUUAGUUGCCAAGCAGACAGGCGUCAUUACACGAAUUGGAAAGAUUUCCUUUCCUUCACUCAGUGAACAUUAGGACAAAAGAUACGUCCAUGUUUUAAUUUCAUUGUGGAUAGGAAACAUCCUAUAACAACUAAAGCAAUCCUAAAUGCUGGCAUUAUAUUCAUGAAUGUUACUUAAAUGUAAGGGUAAUCAUUAAUUUCAGUGCUGAAAAUCAAAGUGCUUGUUUAGUUUCCAUUUGCUUUGACGGUCCUGUAAUCCAAGUAAGAACAUUCAGUGAGUUGGCUGAUAAAUACUUAGACUUUUUCGUUAGGUAACCGAUUGUCUUGAAAUUAAUCUCCGAAAACAAUUUAAGGCAAAGUUUCUCCUUCAUGCUGUAAUGGUCGACUUUUUUCUGGUCUGCUUUGUUAGUAUCAAAAUUGCAUGGAUUGUGAAAUCUGUUUUGGCUUGGGAUAAUAAUGUGUUAUGAGGUAAACUCCGCAAUUUAGACAAACACAAUGUUAAAGGUAAGUUUUGCAAAUUUUACUUUCAAUUAUAUGCAUUCAUAGUGCAGAAAAUGUUUUAUUAAAUUUGAUUCUUUUGCAUAUCCAUCCAAAAAUAAACGUCUCCUAGGAAAGU